AUGUCUUCGCCUAUCGUUCAUCAUCGAGUCGGUGGUUGGCUCCCCAAAGAUCACCAAGUGCUCCGUUCCUGGCUUGACAAGAGGCUGGCCAAAUCUGAGCAGCACGAGAAGCAUCAAUGGCAACCUGUCAUUCAGGAAUUCCAACAGCUCAUCGAAAAUAACGCCGACCUAUACAUGGAUUUCCAUGCAAUGUUUGAGCAGGUGCCGACGAAACCGCCUUACAAUGACGAUUCUACAGAAAAAGGAAAAACACAGGUCCGCAACUACAUGACGAUGCUGAGCGUGUUUAACGUCAUUCUCAGCGAAGCUCCCGAGUUUGGACAGGGUAAUCUCGUCGCCUCCCCUUUCAGCGCCAUUCUCGACUGGUCGAUGGGCACUCCAGCAGGUUUAGCUGCAUUCAUGAAACCGGAAGUCAAUGUGAUGUUCAAGAAGAUGUUCGAUGUCUGGGCACGGUUCCUCGCAUCUGGCGAUUCGCGUUAUGUCCUCAGCACUGCGGACCAUGGCUGGUUCGGUGCAGCUGCACAGACUGCCUUGCCAGACUUUGUCGCAACGUUCGUUUGCGAUCCAAGUGCUGAAUAUCACGGAUUUGCCUCUUGGGAUGAAUUUUUCACCAGGCGUUUCAGGCCUGGGGUCCGCCCUAUAUUUGCACCUGACGACAAUCGUGUCAUUAACUGCGCUUGCGAGUCGACCGUUUUUGCAAUCAAAACGGAUAUCAAGGCGCAUGACCGAUUCUGGCUCAAAGAUGAACCGUAUUCCCUCUACCAUAUACUCGACAAUGAUGAACUUACUCCUCAGUUCGUUGGGGGCACCGUUUUUCAAGCAUUCCUCAGUGCGCUCAAUUAUCACCGCUGGCACAGUCCGGUUAAUGGGGAAAUCGUGAAGACGGUGAAUGUUCCGGGUACUUACUUUGCGGAGUCUCCUGCAAUGGGAUUCCCAAACCCAGAUCCUUCUGGUCCGACCCGCUCGCAGGGGUUCAUUACCCAAGUCGCUGCCCGUGCGUUGGUGUUCAUUCAAUGUGACAAUCCGGACAUUGGGUUGAUGUGUUUCGUUGCUGUUGGUAUGGCGGAGGUGUCGACGAAUGAGGUUACGGUUCGGGAGGGGCAGAGGGUUAAGAAGGGAGAUCAAUUGGGGAUGUUCCAUUUCGGAGGGUCGACACAUUGUUUGAUCUUCCGUUCUGGAGUAAAGAUUGAAUUCGAUCCGGAACUUUAUCAGCCAGAAGCGAAGAUCAAACUCAAUGCGCCCAUUGCAACUGUAGGAUGA